AUGACAUAUGCAAUGAAAUGGUGUUUAGCAUCGAUCAAAAUAGACCAAUCAUCAAAUAAAAAUAUUAGUAUACGAAAUUCCAAUUUAUUAACUUGCGGAACCGUAUUUCAUUUGGUUUCUAUGUAUCAAGACAUGGAAGUCUAUUAUAUAAUUCUACUGUGUUUAGUCACUGAAAUAGUAAGCCAAGAUCCAGACAAUCUGCUAUCGGAAGAAAAGGCUAUUUGUGGGAACCGGUAUUAUUUUCUAAAUGAGAGAUACACCUAUAACGAGGCUAAUAGUCGGUGUCAAGAGUUGGGGUAUGACGGUUUGGCUGUGGUCAUUACCCUUGAGCAGAGAGACCUUGUCUAUGAUAUUCUCAGUAAGGAAAGUUUGGCGUCAGAAGUUUGGUUAGCUUACGAAUACCACCCUGUUAGACUAGAAUGGGGAUGGAAAAGGGGUGGGGUUUGGUUGAAUAAAACUUCUCAAUAUUCCCCUGAAUGGUUUGAGGGUGAACCCAAUUUUCUUUACUCGCAGAGAAUUAUCAUUACGAUACCGGGAAGCCAGAAUGAAAGUUUAUCAGACAAAUCGUAA